AUGAAUUCCCCAAAAACCUGAAAGGCAAAUUCUGCGACUUGGCCGGCGUUCCUGGGGAGCAUGUGGACAAUGAGUAUGGCUUGGCUCUGUCUCGCAGCCUGCACUGUUCUACUUGUUGGUUGCUUUCAUACAGCUGCCACAGAAAGCGACGUCACUCCACGCCUCACCUUCUCCUACAAUGCAAAGGAGAGAACAACCAAAAGUUUCUCAGUCAGCGGGAUCUAUAACUACACCUCCCUCCUCCUCAGUAAAGAAGACAACAUGCUGUACGUCGGAGCUAGGGAGAUUCUCUUUGCUCUCAACCUCUCUGAUAUCAGCGCAGUGAAGCUACAAAGAAACCUCACAUGGAAAACACCAGAGAGGAAGAGAGAGGAGUGCAGUUUCAAAGGGAAAGAUCUGCAGACGGAUUGCUUCAACUACAUCAAGAUUUUGCUGCAUAUAAACAGCACUACUCUGUAUGUGUGUGGAACAUACGCCUUCAGCCCCAUCUGUGCUUACAUAAACACAGAUGAUUUCUCCCUCGUCAAGAGCGAUACUGGUGAGAUUGUCACAGAGGACGGACGAAGCCGCUGUCCCUUCAACCCUGAAUAUAAGUCCACUGCCAUCAUGGCUGAUGGAGAGCUGUAUGCUGGUACAGUCAGUAAUUUCCAAGGAAAUGAGCCCAUCAUUUACAAGAGUCUAAGCCAAGGAACUGCUCUAAAAACAGAAAACUCACUGAACUGGCUUCAAGACCCGGCCUUUGUCGGCUCUGCCUACAUACAGGAGAGCCUGCCCAAGGGCAACCUAGUGGGCGAUGACGAUAAGAUUUACUUCUUCUUCAGCGAAGCGGGAAAGGAGUUUGAUUUCUUUGACAACACCAUUGUGUCACGCAUCGCUCGCGUGUGUAAGGGUGACUUGGGAGGCGAGAGGGUUCUGCAGAAGAAAUGGACGACCUUCCUGAAGGCUCAACUCUUGUGCUCUCUGCCUGACGAUGGCUUCCCUUUCAAUAUAAUCCAAGACAUGUUUGUGCUGACACCAAGCCCUGAGGACUGGAAAAACACUGUGUUUUAUGGAGUCUUCACAUCUCAGUGGUAUAAGGGUGCUUCAGGAAGCUCUGCAGUGUGUUCCUUCACUAUGGAUCAGGUGGAGAAAGCGUUCAAUGGCCGAUACCGUGAGGUCAACAGAGAAACCCAGCAGUGGUACACAUACAACCAUCCGGUCCCAGAGCCUCGACCUGGAGCGUGUAUCACAAACGCCGCCAGAGAGCAGGGCAUCUCAUCCUCACUCCACAUGCCGGACAAGGUGCUGAAUUUUGUGAAAGACCGCUUCCUGAUGGACAGUGUGAUCCGCAGCCAGCCGCUUCUGCUGAAACGUAACGUUCGCUACACGCAGAUCGCUGUCCAUCGAGUCCGAGCAGCACACAAGGCGUAUAAUGUACUCUUCAUUGGAACAGAUGAUGGGAGACUUCAUAAAGCCAUUAAUGUUAACAACAAGAUGCACAUCAUUGAGGAGAUGGUGGUAUUCCGUGACUCCCAGCCAGUGCAGCACAUUGAACUGGACUCUGAAAAGGGUCAGCUUUAUGUUUCCUCCUUCUCUGAACUGGUGGAGGUCCCAGUAGCUAACUGCACUAAUUAUCAGAGCUGUGGGGAGUGCGUCCUCUCCAGGGAUCCCUACUGCGCCUGGAACGGGAGGCAAUGUGUUGAUGUCAGACAGGCUCCACCAAGCAAUGCGUGGCAGCAGGAUGUAGAUGAAGCAGACACAUCAGCUAUUUGCAACAAGACAGUGCCUAGCCCACGGUUUGCUAAACCUCCACCUACACAAAUGUCUUCAUGCCAGGUGAUUAUUAUCCCAGCCAACACGUUCAAAGUGCUGCCCUGCAAGCUGCGCUCUAAUUUGGCUGAAAGGAGGUGGGAGUUCAGCGAGAGCGCAGGUCACUUCCAUUACCCCAGCCCGGAGGGGGAGCUGGUAGUGGUAGCUCAGGCUGACAAACAGGAAACCUACGAGUGCUGGUCAGUGGAGGAAGGCUUCAGGCAGCUGCUGGCAAACUACUGUGUGAGGGGUGAAGCCAAGCAAGAGAGCACCACCCUGACAGGCCGCUCGCAUACGCCUCAGAUCUCCCAGGAUGGGUUCAUCAUCCUGCCCGGCAAAGCUCGCUCACCGCAGAUCAACACCAAGACCUACUGGAAUGAGCUCAUCGUGGUGUGUGCCCUCCUGGCGUUUUCUCUAGUAGUCUUCUCUCUAUUUGUGGUCUACAGGAACCGCGACCACAUGAAGUCCAUGCUCAAGGAGGGCGAGUGCCCCAACAUACAGCAAAAGAAGCCCAGAAUAGGAGGGAAACCGGCAGAGAACUUGCCGCUCAAUGGCAACACAGUCACAACAUCAGCAUCAGAUCACAAGGGCUACCAGACCCUUAACGACAACUACAUCUGCAGCACUCCACCGCACGAGUGCUCAUCGCCCGACAACAGCAAGAGCUUCUCAGAGUCGGAGAAGAGGCCUCUGAACUUGAAGGAGAGCCAUGUAGAGAUAUCACCCACAUGCCCGCGGCCACGAGUGAGGCUUGGCUCUGAGAUUAAAGACUCUAUAGUGUGAGGCCGGCUUCAUAAUUAUGUGGAGUGACUUGACUGAAAAGAAAGUGUGCACUUGCUGAAAAAGACAAACCCUGAAAGAAGGGAGACUGAGGAACAUCAGACUCUUCGUGGAGGGACAUUUCAUUACACAGAUUUUGCACUUUGUCUUAUUUUGUUCUCUUCCGGUGGUCCAUGUACAUUUCUUUUUGUUUUCCUGUCACUGCCCCUCAUUCAAGUGCAUUCGAGACGCACUGAAGAAGUUCAAGUUUGCCUUCAGACUUUUUUUUCGUUUUCACGUACGGCUCAGAGAUAGAAUGUAACACGCGUACAGCAGAUGUGGUGUCGCAACAUGAUUCAAUGAUUGAAUUUCAUCGCAUUGCCACUCGGUCCGUCCAUAAAAUCUGACGGUAAUGCUUUGAAAGGCAGACUUUCAAACAUGUUCUCACUAACAGCUCACACAGUGUUUGCUGUUUUUUUUGUUUUUCUGUCAUGUGGUAAGAGCCUGACCUUUACUGAGGCUAUGCACUAUGUACUGUACUGUAGCAAGGUAAACACUCACACCAGACUAGACUUUAACAAGUCGGUAGGCAGGCAAGAGAGGAAAAAAAUUUAAAAAAGUCCUGUCACCGUUGCUUAUAUAGCCAGUGUGCAUUCACAUAAGUAUACUCAUCAUUUGGGCUAAAAUAUAACAAGUUUAAAUGCAGAAUUCAGAGAAGAAUAGUUGUGCUGAGAGGUUAGGUAGUUGAUCAAAAAAGAUUUAAGUGGAAGAAAAACAACAAGAGAUCACCUCAGCGGAAAUGUUGUAGAAACUCUCACCACCUCAAUCACUACACACCAAAAAUAGAUUAUUAUAUACAGUAGUCACAAAUGAAGACUGACAGAAAUGUUUUUAGUAUUGGUAUUAUUAGUCGAUACAAAUCUUUCUCUGUGGAAGCCUGACUUUCAGCAGGGGUUGUUGUCUUUUUCACUAAAUGUGAUAAAGGGAGGAAGAAAAGCCCAUUCCAGGUAUUUUCAUGCUGUUCUUCAUGAGAUAGGCAGUCUAUGCAAAGCAAAUAAUGUGAAGUGAGGUAAACACCAAGAAAACCUCACCUCCAGACUGAGUAAGCACAAAGGUGUUGGCGCUGUUAAUUACUUCAAGAUCAGUCGCACUGCAAACACACACCCAAGCACACACAUACACACUCUCAUUACACUAACUAAGUAUGCAAGAGAUUUUUAGCCAUUCUGGUGGAACAGGAAGAUAACGAAACUCUGAACGACUGGCCUCAUAGAAACAGACGAUAAGAGACGAGGGUCCAGUAUAAUAAUGAUAAUAUAAUUCUUUGGCUGCUGAUUUAUCUUAACAGGGUAAAUGAUUAUAAAUAUUUAUUAUAAUUAUGUGGCCAAAAGUGUCUUUUACAGACAUGUUUUCAUAAUCAUUCUUUAAUGUUUGAAAUAGCUUUUCACUGUUCACAAAGGGAAAUAACAAUAAAUAUAAAUACACCUGUUCAUAAUCUAAUUUUAAAUAACGCACAUCUGUACAGCCUUGACUAUUUAUUUUUGAAUGGAAGAAAACUUUCCCUCUGCUUGCUUAAAUGGUUUUAAAAAGGCAACCAUAAGAGCAAUAACUUUCAUUCUCAUCCAGUAAUAAACAUACAAAUUAUGCCUUUAAUCUCCUUAUUCACAAUGUAGUAAUUAUAAACCAUGAUCCAUGUGAGUGCAAGCUCUCUCAGCAGUGUGUCCGUGUAACUUGAAAGCAUUUUUACAAUAUUAUUUAAGUCUCAUUUGGCUUUAGUAUUAAAACGCGGCCAUCAUAAUUAAAUAAAAGUUUCACAAAUGAGAAGUAUGGUGUGGCACACUGCUCGACGCAGAACGUGUGAGAUUUGCACAUGAUGUUGAAAAGCCUUAGUUUAAUGCAGGUCACAGAUUUGAUAACAACAUUCUGCCUUUUUGGGGAAAAUGAAUAAUGCCUUCUGAAAUAAUAAUCAAGAGAUGUGCCUCUUGGGGAUAAUAAACUAACCAGGUCAUAGUGCUGUAGAGUACAAUGCUAUACUGUAAGCAUGACAGGACUGGCCAAUGCUUGGAAACAAGAGUGAAUACAUGUAAAUUGAUUCUGUCAGAGUUGUACAGUAUGUGCUCAUGAGUUGUUGUUUUUUUCUUUUCUUACAGUGGCUCAGUCAGGGACUAAAUUGUAUUCUUUAAAGUGUAGCACAUAAAAAAACCACUGACUGAUUUUGAUAUAUUAAAACCUAGAUAAGCAUAGUAUUAUGUUACAUUUGUCAUAAAUGGCACUGCAAAACUGGCGCUGUGUGAAUUUCAAAGACCGGUCGGCUAUAAUCAAUCAUGCAGUAUGAAACGAUUCAUGCUUUGACUGUUAUUAAAAAAAAAAACAAGUGGCAGAUUUUGGGUGAAGUGGCUGUCAUCAGAACAAUAUUUAAAUUUGCAAAGUGCAGAACAAAAACAAAGUGGCAGUGAUUUAGUAAAAAAUCUAUAUGUGCAGGUACUGAACAUGCUUUUCUAUUUGAGUACAAGCCUAAACUACUCUAUGGUUCAUAAUACUCUGAAUGCCACAGUGAACAUAUCGUUGCGUGCGCUCUCUAAAUGAACCACUAUAGUCGGGCCUUCUAUUUGUGACAGUACAAGUUGCUCAGACAUGUAUUGUAAGUAAAAAAGAGUUUUUAAUGUAAAUUUGUUUUGUAAAUUCAGCUGCCAAUGUAAAAAAAAUAUUGUGAAUUGUAUUUUUUUGUAUAAUACAUCACUACUGGGUUUUUUUCUUUCCUUUUUUGUAUUGUAUAUAAAAAGCACUUUAUUUUAAUUUUUCA